GAAUAGGGUUAUUAACUAGCCCUUUGUCCCCUCUUCUCUUAGCUGCUUUCUUACCUGAGAAACCCUCCAAAAAAAAAAAAGAGAGAGAGAAAGAGAGAGCUUCCAUUCUCUUCUUUCUUCUUCUUCCUCCUCCUCCUCUUCAGAAUAAAAGAGAGCAAGAGCAUCGUAUUCUUUCUCACAUAAAUUUUUUUGCUCUUUUUUGCAUAAUAAUCGCAUUUGUUCUCUCUUGUUUGAAUCUCUCUCUCAGCUAGAAAGAGAGAAUGUUCCAUUCGAAGAAGCCCUCUUCUAUGAAUUCUUCCCAUGACAGACCCCUGUGCGUCCAGGGUGACUCCGGUCUCGUCCUCACCACUGAUCCCAAGCCCCGGCUUCGCUGGACAGUCGAGCUUCAUGAGCGCUUUGUCGAUGCAGUCACCCAGCUCGGAGGACCCGACAAGGCAACUCCGAAGACGAUCAUGAGAGUAAUGGGUGUGAAGGGUCUCACUCUUUACCAUCUCAAGAGCCAUCUCCAGAAAUUCAGGCUUGGGAAGCAGCCCCACAAGGAAUUUAAUGAUCACUCUAUCAAAGAAGCUGCAGCUUUAGAGCUUCAGAGGAAUUCGGCAUCUUCAUCUGCUAUGUUAGGCCGCAGCAUGAAUGAUAACUCACACGCGGUUGAUGCAACCAGGAUGCAAAUGGAGGUCCAGCGAAGGCUCCACGAACAGCUCGAGGUGCAGAGACAUCUUCAGUUGAGGAUAGAGGCGCAAGGAAAGUACAUGCAGUCCAUACUGGAGAAGGCCUGUCAGACUCUCGCUGGUGAAAACCCUAUGGUAGCAUCAGCCGGAGGAGGCUACAAGGGCAUGUUAAAUAACCAAGGGAUUCCGAUCAACAUGGGGGGGUCGAUGAAGGACUUUGGGUCUCCCCUCAGUUUCCCGUCUUUUCAAGACCUCAACAUAUAUGGCCCGCCGGGCCCUGACCAGAUUGAUCACCAGCUCCAGCACGGGAUGGACCGACCCUUGCUGAUUGAUCACUCAUUCAUGCCUGCAAAUAACAGUAACUCGGCCAAUACUGACAGCAUGGGCAGCUGCUUCGGGAAGAAGAGACCAGGGACUCCUAAUAAUAAUUAUGGUGCGACCAGUGGCAAGAACAUGAAUCCUCUGAUGUGGUCCGAUGAUCUGAGGCUCCAGGAACCAUGCCUGGGGCAGCAACAGGACCAUCACGAUCCAUUGUUCAAGGGCGGGGACUCAAUGGAUCGGGGGCCCGAUUUGGACUCCAUAUCAGAUAUUUAUGAGACGAAGCCAGUUCUCUCGGGGGAUGAUAAUCUGGUUGGCGGGGAUCAAAAGAAUAACCUGAAGGCGACGGCACAGAGUGGAACCAGCUUGAAAGGCCACCGCCAUGAAGAUCAGCACCUCUUCCCUCAGACUGGGUAAACAUUAUUAUGAUGUCAUUAAUUAUAACUAAGCUAGAGAAAACUUGAUCAUUACUUAAUCAGAUUAUAUCCUCAUCUUACUUGAGAAAAGGAAAAAAAGGAAAAAAAAAAAAAAGGUUAAUGGACCCUCAUGCAUGUAUUAACUUGGAGAUGGAUCGACUUGAAGUUUCUCUUUCAUUCUUGAUCUUAUAUAUACAUAUAUAUGUAUAUCGAUCAGCUGUCUAAGUAUAUACUAUAUGUAGUUUUCUGGAUUCUUGAUAAAUAUUCAUCGGCAAGCUCUUCUUAAUUA